AAAUUUGUUUCCCGGAUUAUGAUUUGAAAUUUCAACCUAUUCGUGGAAUUGAGCCUCUAAUCGUUCGGAAGAAAUCGAUAAUGCCGAAGCGAAAAGCAAAGGAGUGUGUCAAACUCACUGAAGAAGAUAAGAACGACGACAAGCGAAUUCGAAGAGAAGAGAAGAAAGAAGACUUCGUUGACGAAGAAGUUGAAAGACAAAUUGCUGCGAUUAGAGCAAUCCGUGAUGUUGAGAUUGAACAAACUCUAACUGCAUUGAGGUUGCUUCGCUCAAAUUUUACUGAGGAACAGCUUGACACUCCUGUGUUAGACUUCUUUAAAGAGAACCUUCCGGAUUUGUCAAUAUCGAGAAACGAAGAAACUGGGGAGAUUGAGUUAAAGUGGAAAGACGAAAGUGGUGAUUCGCUCGCGGGAAAUGCGAAUGGCGCUGACAUGAAUUAUUCUAUUUUGAAGCGCUUGUCGAUGCGUUUUCCUGAUUUAUACAGUAGAUCAUCUCUUGGUGGCUUUGAUUUACCUGAUGAUGUAAAAGCAAACCUGUUAGGAACUGAUAACCCACAGCUCGAUAAUCUUGUCUUUCAGGGGACUUCUGAGAACCAAAUGCUUGCAAGCCAUGAUGCUUUUCAGACUCCUGGGGUGAAUGGGCAAAGACUCUCUUUUGGAAUGACACCAAAGACUCGGAGGCUACCAAAACCUGGAGAGAUGAUGCUCUCUGUGCAUGGCUCUCCUUUGGGGGUCUACAAAGACCACAACAUGGGAGCUAUAAAUGAGGAAAAAAGUUGAAAAGCUCCAAAGAUUCAGACACUUACGGAUUGUAAUGGUUUAACCUUGUGUUCCAAAAACCAGAUAUGUUUGUUAUGUCUGUUCUUCAGCAUGCUAGGGUAAUACCAACAACAAUGAUGUUUUGUUUAUAUAUAUGAUUAUUUUCAGUUACAAUUUACCAAUAGAUUACAAGACUCUAG